AUGGCAACCAGACUGUACAUUAUCGGUGGUGGAGGAGGCGCACCAUUUGAAUUCCACGGCAGGAACAACGGUGCCACCCUCAAGAAGAUCGGUGUGGCGGUGAAAGGCUGGCAGGUCAAAGCUGUGCGUGCGGAGCUGACCGACGGGCGUGUGGCAACCUUUGGAAAAGCGCACACUUUCAAUGAGUUUGAGUUCGACCUCGGCGAGCACAUCACCAAGCUGUCACUGUGGGGUAACGGCGCUGGCACACAUCUGGGUGCCAUCAAGUUCACGACGAGUAAGAACCGGCAGUUCUUUGAAAAAAUGACUAGCUGGCCCCUGAAGACUGAGUACACCAUAGAUGUGGGGUCCGGAAUCUGCCUGGGGCUGGAGGGGAGGUCUGGCUCGGAUAUCGACUCCAUGGGCUUCCUCUUCAUCAACCCCAUCAAGUCGUCCAUGCUGACCGACAUGGAGUAUCCCACCCUGUCCUUCCUCAAACCCCAGGUGAGCUCUGCUAUAGACGUGUGUAGAUGGCUAAGGAAAACUCUACCGAUGCUCAAACUUUAAGGGGGCUGUCCACUUUAAAACAUGUAAUCCAAUACGGGGGUCGACAUUCUUUGGUGCAUCAGGCAUCUCAUUUCUAGGACAGUUAUGUAUUUUGUUUAAAAUAGCCUCAACACCCAAAUGUUUUUUUAUACCAUAUGCAUUUUUAAAAUCAGGCCAAGACGGCACACACACACAUAUUAGUUAUUAUUAAUGGCCUUCUAAAAAUCAAUUGAUCAGUUCCUCACUGAUGAUUAGUUCUUAAAUUGUCUUUGUCUUGUUUGAACAAUUUCUAUCUGUGUGUGUGUGUGUGUGUGUGUGUGUGUGUGUUGAUUUUAGGUGACCCCAGAAUAUGUGAGGUCCGUGUCUCACCAAAAUGACACGUCCUUGGUUCAAGAAGAGUCCAUUACAUACAGCAAGACCCUGACUAAGACUUCCUCCUGGUCGGUCAGCAACAAGAUAGAGACCACCUUGAACGUGUCGGUCAAAGCGGGGAUCCCGGAUCUGGUCGAGGUGUCAUCAGGGUUCAGCUUGACCGUGGGAGUGGAGCAUUCCACCAGUCUGCAGAAGACAGAGACCAUAACAGAAGCGGAUACCAUCCAACUGAAGGUCCCGCCAUGGAAGACCUUGGAUGUUGUCGUCACAGUGGGGAGAGCAAAUAUCGACCUCGACUACAGGGCCACAGUGAAAGUCACCUGCAUGAAUGGCAGCCAGCUGGUCUUCCCAUCCAACGGCACCUACAAUGGUGUGACUUACACUUCAGCGAAGGUAUCCAUAAAGGAGAGAUGA